CCAAUUUUCCAAGAAAGAAGACUCUCUCUCUCACGCACAAAGACACACACAGAGACUAAAACGUGAAUGCAUGGUUGAAAUCCAUUUUUAUCGCUAUGAAUAUACGUGUUUGUUGUUCUUGAAUGUCUCUUUAGUUUUCUAUGCACGAGGUAGGCGUGACACAUGUCCUAGUGACGGGAGGUGCAGGCUACAUCGGCUCCCAUGCUGUUCUUCGCCUUCUCAGAGAUUCGUACCGUGUGACUAUUGUGGACAAUCUUUCUCGCGGAAACAUGGGGGCCGUUAGAGUCCUCCAAGGGCUGUAUCCGGAGCAAGGGAGACUUCAGUUCAUACAUGCUGAUCUAGGAGAUGCAAAUGCUGUGGAGAAAAUCUUUACAGAGAAUGCCUUUGAUGCUGUGCUGCAUUUUGCUGCUGUUGCUUAUGUUGGCGAGAGCACUUCCGAACCUCUAAGGUAUUACCAUAAUAUCACAUCAAAUACAUUGCUAGUUGUGAAGGCAAUGGCGGCUCGUGGUGUGAAAACAUUGAUCUACUCAAGCACUUGCGCGACUUAUGGAGAGCCCGACACGAUGCCCAUCACAGAAACCACCCCACAAGUCCCCAUCAAUCCGUAUGGUAAGGCCAAGAAAAUGGCGGAAGACAUAAUUAUCGACUUCUCAAAGACAAAGGACAUGGCUGUCAUGAUCUUAAGGUACUUUAACGUGAUUGGCUCGGAUCCCGAGGGAAGGCUUGGAGAAGCUCCACGGCCCGAGCUACGAGAGCAAGGGAGGAUAUCCGGGGCUUGCUUUGACGCAGCCAGGGGAAUCAUACCCGGGCUCAAGGUGAGAGGGACUGAUUACAAGACUAGAGAUGGGACUUGCGUAAGGGACUACAUCGACGUGACUGACUUGAUAGACGCGCAUGUGAAAGCCUUAGCCCACGCGAGGCCUGGGAAAGUCGGGAUCUACAACGUUGGAACGGGAAAAGGUCUGUCAUUUGUUACAUGUAGUAGUACUAUUAGUUGGGGGAUUGGACUAAAAAGAGUUUGUGUGAAGAUAGGUAGUUCAGUGAAGGAAUUCGUGGAGGCGUGCAAGAAGGCGACCGGGGCGAGCAUAAAGGUGGAGUACCUUAGCCGACGGCCAGGGGACUAUGCGGAGGUUUAUAGCGACCCUUCGAAGAUUUUGAGGGACCUCAACUGGUCGGCUAAGUACACGGACCUGGAGCAGAGUUUGAGCGUUGCUUGGGGAUGGCAGAAGGCGCAUCACAACGGCUACGAUAAUUGAUCGUCACGCUCUUCAAAAUCGCGGUUUUUUUCCGGCUGAGGACGAUGCAAAGGCCAAGGGCGUGUUAGUCGAAUUUUACGCCCUGGACAGUCAGGGUUGCUGAGAUUGUGCAUCAUCGUUAUGUUAAAGUACAUUCGAGAUUUAUGUCAAAAUAUAACACUUUGUCAUCUCAUUCGUCUUGCGCCACUUAAA